AUUACCGAGCAAUGGCGGUGGAGGCUUCCGCGAGUCAUACGCUGAUGGAUAAUCAAUGGAUGCUGGUAAUGUGAUAUGCAUGUCAAGGGCGUGACGAUAAUAAGCGGGCGGAACGUUGAAUUGCGCCUUGUCACUCUUCGCGAAACUUUUGCUGGGCCUCGGCUUACACUGCCGAUGACGCUUGGACCACACAGCAUGGAUUCGAAUUUAGCCUGGCACGCGAGCGAGAGAUUUCACAUGCGACGCUUAACCAACAUCCAUCGGUAGCCAUAGACGGGGAGGCCAUAUAUUACAGCGGUCAAGAUGAGGAUCGAGACGUGCUACUUCUGCUCCCAGCCAUGCUAUCCUUCCAAGGGCAUCACCUUCGUCCGGAACGACGCCAAGAUGUUUCGCUUCUGCCGCUCAAAAUGCCAUAAGAAC